AUGGCUUUUUCAUCAGAAUUUGCUCGACGAUUAGAGUUUGCUGGUGAUCCUAUGAGGAAAGCACGUGAAUGGAUUGGCAAGGAAAAAUGGGACAAAGUAGCAUGGGCUUUCGACGAGAUGAGUUCUCGUAAAUCCUACUUCGCCGACAAAGUCAAUGAGGACAUCGAGGCAUUCGUCUUGGAUGUAAUUCAUAUUGCAGUUACGAAUACAAAAUGCCCAGUAGUUGCGAAGGCUCAUUCGGCAUUUGCGGAGGCUAAUCUCCGAACCGAUUUCCUUGUGGGACUUUUAUCUCGCUGUGAAACAACUGGACCUUUACCAAAAAAGUUGAAAACAGCCAAAAUCCAAGAGAGUUUAGCUGAGGUG